AUGCCUGUCCGGACAGGCGCUGGCGGUUCCCACGGCUACUUUUCCCAUGCACAAGCGUGCCUCCAACAGCGUGAGCCCAUCCUGACUCUACACCCUAUCAACCCGUAUACUGACACACCAAACGGCCUUUGGCUACGCCAGCUUGAAUGGCGGCACCACCGGCGGCGCCGGCGGAACCACCACCACCGUGUCGUCGCCGUCUCCGGCGAUGACCCCAAGGUAGUCGUCGUGAGCGGCAACAUCAAGCAGACGGCCGACCAGGCGCGCGUCGGCAGCAACACCAGCAUCAUCGGCAAGGAUGCUAACGCUGUUCUUGAGGGAUUCGGAGUCCUGGUCAAGGAAAAGGAGAACGUCAUUAUCCAGAACCUGGGCAUCAAGAAGGUGCUCGCUGACAAUGGCGAUGCCAUUGGCGUUCAAUACUCGAACAACGUCUGGAUCGACCACUGCGACGUCUCCUCAGACAUGGACCACGACAAGGACUACUACGACGGGCUGAUCGACCUCACCCACGCCGCCGACUACGUCACCGUAUCCAACUGCUACAUCCACGACCACUGGAAAGCCUCACUGGUGGGCCACUCGGACAGCAACGGCGACGAGGACACGGGCCAUCUGCGCGUGACGUACGCCAACAACCACUGGGCGAACAUCAACUCGCGCGGGCCGUCGCUGCGCUUCGGCACGGGCCACAUCUACAACAGCUACUACGAGAACGUCAGCGACGCGAUCAACACGCGCCAGGGCGCCCAGGUGCUCGUCGAGAGCAACCAGUUCGUCGGCGUGAAGAAGCCGCUCUACUCGACCGACGGCGGGUAUGCGGUGGCGCGGGACAAUGAUUUUGGGGACGGCGAGAAUGCGGCGCCGGCGGGUACGUUGACGUCUGUGCCGUAUGAUUAUGAGCUUGUUGGGGCGGAUGGGGUGAAGGCUGCGGUUGUUGGGGUUGCGGGGCAGACUUUGUAA